AUGUUCACGCCCGUCCACACCUCCCUUGGAGCUUUGCUGCUGUUCCAGAGUUCCUCAGGCCUCCUUCUACACAAUGGAGCUGUCUUUGGCGUUUCGUCCUUGUUGUCCGGAUGCGUUUUCAAUCCCAGUUGCGAUAAUGUCCCCAUAAUCGUAGGGUUAGUCUCCAGCGUGGCUCCGAUCUAUUUGUUCGCGCCAUCCUUGAUACCAACGUAUCCACCUGCGCCGAACUCGUGGGCUUCCGUGGCGUCCACGUUUGGCAUAGGGCUCCUACUGGGCUGGGGAACAAAGAAUGGCCGCGGCUGCACAUCCGGCCACAUGCUCUGCGGUCUUUCGCGCCUGUCGCCACGCUCACUCAUCGCAACGGCCAUUUUCUUCACUACCGCCCUGCUGACCGCGAAUUUCGUCAACGGAGGCCAGACCAUUCCGCCCUGCCCGUCCGGUAUCCCCUGUUAUACCCCCGUGUACCCGUCGAUCGAGGAGCUCGCGUUCAUGGUCACCGCCACCGCUCUAACACUCGUGACAAACUUCGUAGUUGUCCCCCGAGUGCUGGACCGGUCGAAGAAGUCGACGACGAUCUUUUCGUACCUGGCCGGGUUGCAAUUCGGUCUGGGACUGUUCAUCUCCGGAAUGGCUGAUCCGGCAAAAGUCCUCCGCUUUUUUGCCGUGCUUACUGAUCCCUCUCGAUGGGAUCCUUCGCUUGCGCUCAUCAUUCUGUUCGGAAUCGGCCCGUCGCUUGCGACUUACUUGUCCGUGAAGCCUGGACAGAAAAAGGGAGAGGAACCGGAGGGAGAGGAGUCCACUAAGCCUACCUUGGCGGAUAACUGGAGACUGCCUACAUUGACUGUGGCGGAUAUUGACUGGCGGUUUGUGACUGGUGCGGCAGCGUUUGGUCUUGCCUGGGGCUUACAAGGGGUAUGCCCGGGCCCUGCGAUUCUGCGUACGGUGCUCCAACCGACAUGGGGCCUUGUGGCAAUGACGGGGUACAUGUUGGGCAACCUUUUCUAA